AGGAGGACUCAGGAGGAGGGACCCAGGGCACGGGGAGGUGGCAGGACAGGCCCAGUCGCUGCGCCCUCCCGGGGUGGCUCCUCCGACAGCCGGUGCCCGCCGCGCCUGCAGCCUGCAGCCCGCUCGCGUCCUGCCCGCCCCGCGCCUCCGCUACGCUCCCGGGCUCCGGUCCCCUGCUCCGCGCCGGGAGACAUGAGUGCGGCCGCUGCGCCCGAGCGCGGCUGGAAGAGCGAGAAAGUGGACGAGGCGCAGGCCCUGGCGCGGAGCUGCGCCGCCCGCCGACCCGACUUCCAGCCGUGCGACGGGCUGUCCAUCUGUGCCACGCACAGCCACGGCAAGUGCUUCAAGCUGCACUGGUGCUGUCACCUGGGAUGGUGUCACUGCAAAUACGUUUAUCAGCCCAUGACCCCCGUGGAACAGCUCCCAAGCACAGAGAUCCCUGCAAGGCCGCGAGAACCCACCAACACCAUUCAGAUCUCCGUCUCACUCACUGAACACUUUUUGAAGUUUGCAUCUGUCUUCCAGCCUCCACUUCCCCCCGAGUCGCCAAGGUACUGUAUGAUUUCCGAUCUCUUCAUCGACAACUAUCAGGUUAAAUGUAUCAACGGGAAGAUGUGCUAUGUGCAGAAGCAGCAGGCGCCCCAUUCCCAGAAGAUGAGCCCCGAGGAGGUCUCUGCACACGAUGCCUUAAUUUCUAAAGAGAGCGACACUCCGAAACUGGGCCACUGCUCCUCCCCUUCCAGUUCCGAGGACUCUGGGAUCAAUGCCAUUGGGGCGCACUAUGUGGAAUCCUGUGACGAGGACACAGAAGAGGGGGCGGAACUUAGUUCUGAGGAAGAUUAUAGCCCCGAGAGCAGCUGGGAACCCGAUGAGUGCACCCUUCUUUCCCCGUCGCAGUCUGAUCUAGAAGUGAUCGAAACCAUGGAAACCACUGUGUAGUCAGCUGGGACCUGCCGCCAGGAUCCACCCUGAGCUUCUGUACUUUGAUUUGAUGCGUCCUUUUCCAAUACUCUUGGCAUUUUCACAGCCCUGUUACUACCCAUAGCAGCCCAGGGGUCUGCUAACUAGUGUUACCCUUAAAGUUAUCUUGUAACUAUGACAUUAUUUUCUUUUGUAUUUUGCUUUCUAUGUGGCCUCUGGUGUCAUGAGUUGUGACCCAGCCUUAAUUUCACUUAGAACUUUGAGAGCAGUGGUGACCACAGAGUGUCACGGGUCGGUCGGUCACAUGGAGGAGCUUCCUAGAGUGGAGGUGACCGUAUUUUACCAGUAGCCCAUCCUUUGUGGUGAGGGCUUUUGUUCAGCUUCCCUUUGGCAUGUCAUGUGACGCCUCUGUUCUCCUGGUUUCGGUAUGGGGAGCAGCCCGCUUCAGGACACAGUGUUGCUGGCAAUAAUCUUUCCCUUCCUCCUUCCUGCUAGCUGUGUGGGCUCAGGACAAGAGUAGCCUCAGGAGUUACUUCCGGGAGGUCCUUGGAGGUCCCCUGAUGCCACAGCUUCUGUGACUGUGAGGAGAGACAGGCCUCUCCAGUUUGUGUCUAGUCCAGCUAGUGUGAUGUGUGUGUAUGUACAUACACCAGCUUGUGCGGUGUGAUGUGUGUGUAUAUAUUAUACAUACAUGCAGUAGGGUAGUGGGGAUUCAGAAGAGCUCAGACCUGGUUCUCACCAUGAAGGGGACACACUGAAUUACAGGACACAAAUCACGCAGCUCACGGCACCCAGGAGGCUCUUGGAACCGGGGUAGGAGAGGUGGACGUGGCCUAGGCCAGCUGAGGAAGUUGCUACAGUGACUGAGCUGGCCCCGGGUGGAUUCCACAGCAUCCACUGCCCUUCGUGAUUGUUUUUCAGAUCAGGGAGAAGCAUUUAAGUUUUAUAGAUAUUAUAUUUAGGAGGCAGCACAUCUGACAUCUUAAGAAAAAAAAACCACACUAGUUUUAGUUAGCAUGGAAAUGCUAAAAGACAAGUCCUUUAGGGAUUAGGAAUGAAUCUAAUAGGUUUGAUUAAUUCUGCUUCGUUUGGUUGUAUGAAGCAUUAGAAUGGCUUAGAUGAGAAAUGAACUAGAAUUUUGUAUGAUGCAUGGGUUUUAUGCAAAUGCAAAGACAGUUGAAAUAGCUCACUGCUGAGUCAGGAAGAUGUUUUAUGUAACACUUCUUCACUUUACUACGCCGGAAUGCACACACGUGUGUGCUCUUUCACACACACGAAAUAGUGGGUAAUUCUUUCUUACAUAGCUUUCUUCGAAACUCUGCCCCUGAUUUGCUAUAUAGUGGACAUUCUCGUGUGAUUUUACUAUCUGCCGUUCUCCUAAAUCUAUGUGUGAGGCAUAGCACAAAUCUGGGAGCUUUAACAUCUGUGAGGAGACCCACACAGCUGCAGGGGGGCGGGUGUCUCAGAUCCUGUUGGUCUGAGCAGGCGCCAUGGCCUCUUUGUGCUGUCAGAAUCUCACACAUUCCUCUCUGUUCAUGUGUCCUUGAGGGAAGGAGAGGCUCGUCUCCUGUAUUUGGGGUUCUUCACUGUGUACUCAGGAAGAAUCUGCUUUCCCAACUGGAUAUGGAGUCGCAGCGAUUCACCACUAGCCCCUUCUUUAGGCUGACAAGCCCAGAACAUUCAAUGUUCAGAAGGCAGAAUAUGUGGCUUCCUUUGAAGGCAGUCGUUACAACCUUCUGUGCUGGAGGAGAAUGUAGCAAAAAUCCCCACUUACUGAAAUGCAAAGGCUCAAGCCAAGAAGGACCAGCAGGCACAGGGGAGGGCAGGUGGGAGCAGCCACAACUCAGCUGGAGGGUCAUGCUGCUGGCCUGGGAUGGCCUGGGGACAUCUGGUGAGCCCUGACCGAGGUUUGUGGUGCCUCAUUGGAGGCAGGUAUCUGUCACCUGGCACUCAGGGCUGUGGAGACAGCACCGGGGCCAUCUUCAAAUGUGCAGUGAAUGAUCUCAGAUCCCCAUGUGGAGAGACACGCAGCAGAGCUCCCCACACCUCUCUGCUGUGGGCCCACAGCCAUGAGUACUAAGUUAGCUGGAGUCUACAACUCGGGCUCCAUGAAAACACGGGGUCAGAGCCACAGUUCUGGAGCUUGGCUGAGUGUUGGGCUUAUGCCCUUUAUCCAUAACAUCUGUGACUUCUGUCCAGGGCCCUAUUUUCUAAACCCCGACUGCCAUUCAGACUUGCCACAAAUGUGAUGUAAUUUUUGCAUUUAAUAUCAAUUGACGAUCCCAUUAAAUAUUUGCACAAUCUCUUUGUAAUUAAAUUCACUAAGCUUCACUUGCCAGUUUUAUAAAAUUGGACACGUCCCCUUGCAUUCUGGGAUCUCAAAACGGCCUUUUCUGAAGAAGCUGUU